GCGUCUCCAUACAGCAUUUCAUGCUUCCCCAGUGAUGAAUAGACACGGUAGAAGCAUUAUAACGGGAAAAUGAGUAAUCACAGUAAUCAGCGACCUGACAAGAAACACUAGACAACACAUAUCGCAACGGUGUAAAGUAAAAGGGACGAGGCGGGUGGAUGCAUUGAAAAUUUGGAUAGAGCGAUGAGUGAUUUACAAGCCACUCUCGAGUUCUCUCUCGAGCUCUGUAAAUUCUACAAUGUCGAUCUAUUUCAACGCGGAUACUAUCAGAUACGCACGUCGCUUCGGGUCUCUCCAAAACUGCCAAUCAAAGUGGAAGUCGAUCAAGUUCGCAAUCAAAAACGUUCAUUAGACAGUAUGGAAAUGCCAGGUAGCAGCAAGCGUUUCCAAAUACUGUAUCGAAAUGAGGAGAUCACGCUGGGCACAUCGGUAUUGUUUCGAGCGCAUGUAUUGGUUCAUAGCCAUAAAAUUGAGGAAAUACUGUCGCGUACCCACUUUCAUCUCGGUAUAGAACUGUGGUUUAGCGAGCCCACUCAGCCAGGGAAUAUGGCCUGUGUAUCAUCCAGAGCAUUGCAGUUGAAUUUCACACCGACAAAAGGUCUCCACUAUCAUUUACCAGUGCUAUUCGAUUAUUUUCAUCUUGCUGCAGUGUCAAUGACGAUACAUGUCUGCUUAGUUGCUCUCCAUCAACCAUUCGUAAAGAAGAGCAUACUUCACUACGUUCAGAGUUGUGCUCCACGGAGUGGAAAACAAUGGCUGCAGUCGAAGCAGGCAUCGCCUGCGAAUGGAACGAGCAGUACAUUUCCAAAUACUGAAGCAACAACAAAAUGCGUGGGUUCGGCAACGAGAAUUCAAAACGCAAAACUUAUACAACGCGAAGUAGUGAGACUUCUGUUGGCCGCUAGAGAGAAUCUCCUCAAUGACAUAGGAGAUCUUGCGAGGCUGCUACCAUCGUGGGAACAACGAGACCUCGACAGUUCGAUAGCUGAGAGAAAGCACAAAGAACCUCCAAGGAUGAGUGAUUCGGAAGAAGUGGAUAUUGCCCAGUUGUGCGCCCAAAACAUAGUCCUGUGGCACAUUUUUCUCGAGACUUUUACGAAACGAGAGGCAAUUCAUCAGCAUCUUGCGCGAAUACAUCAUCAACUGCGUGUGAAACGUUUUGCCGAGGCGUUCUUCGUCCUAGAGAAUCCGAGGACAUCAGCUGCAGGUUGUUACGAUGCCAAUUACCAAUCGUACCAAGCAGUGAGCGAUGCCGCAAGACGAUCUACAUACCUCCAACAUUUGCCACAACUUCCGGUUCACUGUCUUGAGCUGGAUGGCGAUGCCAACACGGUGCCCAUUAUCUUCGAGGAUCAGUAUGCAGACAUGACGCAGAGGCAUCGCAACAGUAUUCCAAAUGCGGAAGACUGUAGCUGUGGAAUAUCUCAAAUUUUAGAGUCUCGAACUGCGAGUGUCUGGUCCCCAAGGAGCGAAGGGGCCGCCCAGGACAUUGGGGCAAUUCAGGCUCGUUUUAGUUUAGUUCCAUCGACCCUCCCCGCACGGCAUAGUAAGUCUCUAGAUCAGUUGGGGCCGGAGAUUCCGCCGAUGCAGCAACAGAGGACAUCUCCUAAAACACUGCCACGAUCCAUAUCCACGCAGUUAUUUCCAAAGCACGGAGGGAGAAAUACCACAUUACCUACGUCAGUGCCAUGCAAAGGUCGAUCAAGAUCGCAGAUGCCACUUCAUUCUGCACAAAGUACAACCCUUUAUCCCACCUUCGGUCAACAUCAGGCCUGCUCAGCACCCAAUCCCUCGCUAGGCUCCACACCAAUAUCCACUUUACCACGCGCUAAAUCGAGUCAACUUCUUGUCCCCAACUCUUGUCGUGAGCAGCAUGAUUUAGACUCAGACGUAGAUGCGCCAUCGAAUUCAAUAACUUCACUUCUAGCUGCUAUGUUCCCCGAAUUGCCGCCCAAUAGUUAUCUCCCCGGCUAUAGACCGUCGAAAAAGAUGAGCGGUGUGACGACUUAUGUAGGAGCCUUUGAUUUCAAUCAAUUGACCGGCUGUUUGAAUGAGAAAACUGACAGUGGCCAGCGAAUGCGAGUGGAGCCUCGUAGCCAUAGAUUGGCUACACUGCUUCCGAAAAAUAUUACCAAUGGAAAUGCCGAAGUCCAAUCUCUCCGAACGGCGACAUUGGAUCGUGCGACUUAUCGUGGCAAUUCACGGAAGCACGUGCAAUCAACGUGUCCAACAGCUGAAACUAAAUGUCAGAUUAAUGAUUUAGAGGGGAGGCGUUAUCACACAUUAGGAAAAUCUUCGGAAAAUCAUGUGGAGCGUAUACGAGCAAAGGCUCUGUUUGAAAUGCCCAAUGGCAAUAGUGAGGAUGUCAGAAGUCACUCACUUGUCGUAGAUCCUCUGAAUAAAAGAUUUGGCAAGGGAUGCACUGAUUUUAUCGUUGAUUCCUACUUUUAUCGAACAAAUGGAACAAGUGCCAAAGGUCAAGAGAACCGACCGAAACGCCCCAAGAGUACUGAAAGGCUCUUCGAUAUUGAUCACGGAAUUGAUUGCUGUCAGGAUCCCCGGGAUUUUUAUGAGAGAAAGGAUCACGUGAGAUCGCGAAAUGCUCCGAGGCCGGAGAAAAGAGUAUCAAAUUUACCGAGGGAAUCCCUGUACGAGGUAAUUCCCCCCAAGGUAGAACCAAAAACGGAAGAGGGAAAGAGAGGAAGACGACCGCACUCAGCUCCCGCGAUAGACAGUGAAUUAUCGAGAGUCGAAGGUCAAAGUAUCAAACGCUGUUGCCAUCGUUCGAAAAAACUUGCUCCACCGUACGAUAAUGCCACCGUGGGACUACUUCCAAACCACAGAUUAUCCCAAAAUCCAGCGAUUCCCAUGAGUGUUGUUGAAGUAGAAAAUAAUAACAAAAUCAUAUUGAAAAUUGAAUCACCGGAGAGGAGUGAUAUUUUGCCAGGUCAGGGCAAUCGACCGGAUGAAUCUAAUUGUGGUGAACCCCUGCCGAAUGCGAAGAGAUUGCGAUGUGCAAGUGUGCCAGUUGCUCAAAAUAAGAUGGUAGUGCCGAGAAGUGCUGUUUCAUUACCAUGUAUGCCAAUCAGAGAUAGUAAAGAUACACUUGGUUGUGAGCUCAUCACAAUGGCUCCAAUAAGUCCAACAUCGUCGAGACCAAGCAGUCCCGCCACCAGCACAGAUUCGGGAAAUUUAACGUCAGAGUGUUCAGGCUGGGUGAGUAGUGGAGAUACUUCAAGCUCCGAACACAAACGCACUGGUAUUGCGAUAGGUGAGCAGACGAAAUCACGACAAAUGAAAAUAACAUCGCGAAAAGAUCGAAAAGGAAGGAAAUCCAAGAAUUUAAAAUUAGAGAGCCACUGUUACGAGGAAGUUCGUCUACCACCACCCAAGAUGUUUCAGGAUGAGCCACCACCACCGGAAGCCUUCAGGGAUCCAGCACCAAUUCCCAUGAUUGACAAUCCACUCUAUCACGUAUACGAAAGUGUGAAGAAAGCAAAAAGUCCAAAGCAGAACAAAACCGCGCCGUGCAGUCCCCAGAGAAACCGAGACAGAGUUGAAAGAGGAGAACGGGAGAGCAUUUACGGUGCACGUGAUUUUUGUUUCGACUGUUAUCAAGAGGGAAAAGAACUCUUACAAUCAACACAGGACGAUGUCAUUAAUUUCAAUAAGCUUAAAGAAGACUUCAAGGAACGGAUUAAUUUUUCUGGUAAAAUGUACAGCGAUUAUCCAGUUCUUGCAUCGAGCCUACCUUAUUUUUACAUAAGCGACGAGUAUAGACUAUUUUCACCCGAAGGCUCUCAUCUCAUCGUCUGCGUGCAUGGUCUCGAUGGUAAUGCCGCAGAUCUUCGACUUGUCAAGACAUACCUUGAACUUGGCUUGUCCGGAGCCCAUCUAGAUUUUCUAAUGUCAGAGAGAAAUCAGGGCGAUACCUUCUCUGAUUUUGACACUAUGACCGAUCGAUUAGUUGAGGAAAUUUUACAUCACAUAGAAACCUCAGGACUGAAUCCAACCAAAGUCAGUUUUAUUGGCCAUUCCCUUGGGACCAUUAUAAUUCGUAGUGCUCUGACAAGGCCACAACUUCGGCCUCUUUUGCCAAGACUUCAUACAUUCCUAAGUUUAAGUGGACCACAUCUUGGUACGCUGUACAAUACCAGCGGCCUCGUCAAUGCCGGCAUGUGGUUUAUGCAAAAAUGGAAAAAAUCCGGCUCACUCUUGCAACUAUCAAUGAAAGAUUCGUCAGACGUGCGACGAUCAUUCAUGUUUCGUUUGAGUCAACGAAGUAAUCUCCAGCGAUUCAAACAUGUACUUCUCUGUGGCAGUGCUCAAGAUCGUUAUGUGCCCCUUCACUCGGCGCGUAUUGAACUCUGUAAAGCUGCGGUUCGUGAUCCAACUGAUCAAGGUGCAGCCUACAGAGAGAUGGUGCACAAUAUUCUUUAUCCAGUAAUGUCGACUUCAGGUGUAACUUUAGUACGUUAUGACGUUCAUCAUGCGUUACAAGCUACAGCAAAUUCUCUCAUCGGUCGUGCUGCACAUAUAGCUGUAUUAGAUUCUGAACUUUUCAUAGAAAAAUUCCUCCUCGUCUCGGGGCUCAAGUACUUCAGAUAAAAAAAAACUGCAUUAAGGACCGCUCCAUCCCCCACCAGACUAUGAGUUCCGUUCAUAAUUUGGUUCCAUACCGAUAAUAAUGCAUGUGUGUGUGGCUAAUAUACGUAUGGGUUUUUACUUCAUUUUUAUUCCAUUCAAGCUCAAUUUAACGAACUGAGAAAAAAAGACUAUAAAGUCAAGAUUAGCUCGUAAUAAUAGGUUUUUAUCUUACUUUUAUUAUCAUUUUAAUGUCAAAAUAUCAUCUCACUAUUGGAAUAAUCAUUACAAGGGAAUUCGUUCGGCCUAAUCGAAUGCAUUUCACUAAUGCCCGAAGACCCAUUCCGACGAUAUUACCGAGCGUUCUCAUCCCCGAUUACCGAAUGAACGCCGUAUACUCGUCACGUUAUUUCCUUAAGCUCUCAACAAACUGUGGACGUUCUACUAUCGAGAUAAUUGAUAGUAUAGUUAUUUACCAAAUUAUUACUACGAAAUUUGAAUACUUGCAUUUAUUAUCAGUACCAAGUAUAUUUCUCUAUAACUGACUGAGUCAUUGAAACAAAAAAAAAAUGAAUAAUUAAUCGAAAGGUUCCUUAUGUUUAGCAUUAUCGUUAGUAACAGUAUAAUAAUGACCUUCCAAAGUGGAGCUGCUGACGUCCAGUGCAUACAGGUAACAAUGGUGGACUGAAUUGCAAUAAGUCAAUUUUUCUACUAGGAAUGUCAUCGUGUUUUUUAAUAAUUUGAUCUCAUCACUCGAUUACUAUCAAAAGCAAUACAUCAAAAAAAAAAAGAAAAUAAAUCGGAUAAACACAUUCGUAUAGAGAUAAACCAUAAAGAUGAACUUUAAACGUAAAGAUGAUAUAUACAAAUUAGAGUAAAAUUGUUUUGUAUUGUGAAAAAAAAAUAUGAAGUCGGAGAAUAUAUAAUUCAUUGAGAAUUUCAUUCGAUGAUUCACAAAAAAAUAUCGAGCUAAUUCUUCUUAGACAUUCAAUCAAUGUGGACAAGAAUCACGAGUAAGAGUGUCACAGCGCCGUGUCAUAAAAUUAGGAAAGUCACGAAACAUAUGUCAAUUUUAUCCCUCAGAUAAUAGUACGUGUCGAUGAUUGUAUUAACCCGAAAAAUUUUAAAAAUCUGAAGUGGGGAGAUUUAAAAACGAAAAGUGCUAUUUGAAAACACGAACGAAUAACGAAAAUAUCCAUCACCUCGUGGGAUAGGAUGUUAUAAUGAUCUCUCAAUUAAAUAUUGCUAUCAAGAAUUCAACGGUGAGUCCCUCCAAAUAGAUCUCAAUUGCUCAGAACAAUCUAGUGUGUAUAAAUAGUGAUAUCAUUGAGGGAUAAAUAGAUUUAAUUACAUGACUUGAUGUAAAGAAAAAUAAUCUGGAGGCUCAAAUGUUUCCAAAAUUCAAUGGUCGCGAUUUACUCAUCAGAAGAUAUUCAUGUCUUUGUGGUUCUUUUUCUUUAAUUAAAUAAAACGUCACAUUUAUGAGUAGUAUAUUAUGCGAAUUGUAGUGAAAACAAUUGUUUUUGGAAUGGUUUUACCAUCCUAAUGAAAAAGGAAUACAUUUCCCAAAUUCCGUAUACAUUUCGGACGCUCAAGUCUUCACUGUCAACCGAAUUAACAAAAUGCACAUUCAACCGAGCAUCAUUGCAACAUGAGGGAAGAAAAAGGAGACAAGUGUGUUGAAAAUCCAACGACAAUGAGUAAUUUUUUUUAAAUCUAGCGAAAUGAUCAUGAGGAAAGCUCUAAUGGAAAUAUACAAACAAAAGAAUGAAAACCCUCGGCGUAUGGAAUUUCCUAAAGGAAAUCCAACAUAUAAGACGUAUUAUGCUGUGUGCCAUGUGGGAUGUAUACUGUAGGUAAUUAAAAUUAUCAUUCAUUGUGAGAAGAUGAAAUUUGCGAUUGGCACUAUAUAACUGACAAAGUAAUAAAUGUUAACACCAAAAACAAUCUAAAUAAAUACGAGAGAAAUAAAAAGUAAGUUAUGAAACUAUGACAGAGAAAUAUGGAAAUUGUGAAGUAAAUAGUGUACACAGUAUACAUAAUUACUAUUAUACAUAUUGCGAUGUAUAUAAUAAUAUGUGAGAUAUAGUUUAAUAAAAAUAAUAACUAUUA